AUGUCCUCUGGCGAUAUAAAUGAGACCCAGACUCUUCAGUGGAAGAAAGUCGGUAUGUCGUUUGUGUCACCUUUGACGACCCUUACAUUAGUUAUGGUCACAAAUGCUCCUGGUGGUAGUGGAAAUGAUUUUGUUAUUGAUGAUAUAUCACUAGCUCCAUGUGUUCAAGCGGGUCAAGGCACACAAGCGCCGCAGUCUACCACAGCACCAAUAUCAACUGAACCAGUUACACAGGCGCUAACGUCUACCAGAGCACCUAUAUCAACUAUCAAAGCUGGAGGUCUUUGCACUGACACAUAUGGUACUCCAACAUUUUUGGAAACUUUUGGUGCAGGAAACUCUGAAUAUUCUUCAGCAACACCCGCUAGUUUGGGUUUUACUACUACUUACACGGACAAAGGUAGGCCUACACCCGACGGCUCGUUCACCAUCGUCAAUGAUGUUCCUCAC